AUGCACUUUCCUUUAACUUUAGAAUACCCAUUGAUGCUUUAUUCUGAGAUAUCAGAAAAUUAAGGAUAAUGGAUAGAAACAGAGUAAUUGGUUAUUAGGAUACCUAAGAGCUGGGAUCUAGAUGGAAAUGUUAAUGACUAUAAAAUUUUUGGAAUGGGAAUGGGAGCAGAAGAAUAUAGAGAAAGUGAAAUCAAUAAUGUUCAAUAUAUUGUAGCCGAUCAUGCAACUGAUUUACAUUACUGUGCAAAAUUUGCUUAUUUUGCUAAAAAGCCUUUUUUGCUUUAAAUUCCUUAAUUCAAUGUAAAGUCUUAUGAAUAUAUCUUCUUCAAAAAGAAGGAUUAAUAAGAUAAUCUUUUAUUAGACAUAAUAGGAUUAUCUAAAAGAGAAAGUAAUCUUGAUCGUAAAAUAUCAUUCCUCUUAUAACAAUUAUUAUAUGAAUCUAGGUAUUCUGAAAUUGGAAUAAAGAAGCAAGUUGAAGAUGCUUUGGACAAUAUAUAUUAUAAGUCUCUAAAGAAAAUGAUUCAACUUAUUGGAAAAAAACAUCAUAUAGAAUAUGAAUCCAUGUAUGAAUUAACUAGAAAAGUAGUGCGUUGUAAAGAUUUAAGAUUGAACCCCUAAGAUAUUGUUUCUAUUGUAUACAAGACAUUUAUCAGUGCAAGUCUAUUUCCCUUUUAUUGUGAAAUUAACACAAUGAAUGAUAGCUACAUAAAAUUAAAAUUACUUAGUUUAUUCACUAAUUCUGAAAUUUUACCUUGGUCUCCAAAAUUUCAUGCAUCUUUAGGUAUAUAUUAUUCUAUAUAAUUUAAGCCUUAGGAAAUUAUCAUUAUAGUUUUACUCCUAAUGAUCUAUUCAAUUUGAGAACCCUAAAUACUCGUGCAUUUUAUAAAGAUUACUAAUAUAUAAGACUUAGAAUAUUAGAUUUUUUUCCUUUAGAUUCAUGGAUUGAAGAUGUUUCUAAUUUCUUUAUAGAAAAUUUAGAAACUAUGCUUAAUUAUAUUUAGACUAAGAUGCCUUAAUAAUAGAAUCAGUCUUCUCUUAGAAAAUAGUCUUAUGAUUCUAAAUCUAAUUCUAGUAGUUCAAUUUUAGAUCUAAAAGAACCAUUAAUGAGAGAAGAAUAAAAAGAAACUGAAUUGAUUUAAGAUUCUUGUAAUAAUAGUUAAUAAAGUUUUAAUGUAUUAACAAAUUGUUCAGAAUUAUUCAAAAUAUUACUUAAAAAUUCUAUAAGAAAAAUAGAAAAUGUAAGAGAAGUUUUUGGUAUUGUUAUACAUACACCAUUUAUUGUAUAAGUUAAAAAUCGUAUAGCUAAUGAAUUUUAUGAGAAUUAUUCAUCUGAAAUUAAUAGAAAUGGAAUUUUAAGUUAAUUUUGUUCUAUAAUAACUGAAACUGAAUUAAGAAGUUAUUCUACUUGUGCAAAUAAUUGUUAAACUCCUGUAGCUGCUUUUAUUUAUCUUUUAUGUGAUACAUUUAGACCUUUUUCAGAAAUGUUAUGUGAGAAAACUCAUUUUCUAAAAUCUCUUUAAUAAUGUGGAUUUAAUAUUCGUAAUAUUAAACAUAAUUAAUUUGCUUCAAAAAGUAGCUUUAUUGAUACAGACAAUAAAUUAUUAACUUAAUAUUUGUCAACUUAUUGUAAAUUUGCAUCAAUUAAUGAAUUUUAAUUAUUAGGUGAAUUAUUUAUUUAACCAGCAAUUUUAGAAUGUAGUUUAGAUUAUUUUGGUUUUUAUAGUGAUGAAUUAUCUGCACGUUUUCUUACAUGCAUUCAAAAAAUUGAUUUUGAUCCAGAAUAAUUUUAAUAAAUAGAACGAAUGUAUCGUCCUUAUCGUUUUUCUAAUUCUUAUCUAUUUAAUGAUACUGAAGCUAAGGAAUUUGUUGAGGCUUUUGAUAAUUGUUCUAGAAGUACAAUUUAUUAACAUGAAAGUUAGAAAGAAGAAAAUUUAGUUGAAUUUCUAUAAAAAUUCUAAAAUAACAACACUAAACAAUAUACUAAAUCUAGGUUUAAUUUACAUUAUUUGCUAUAGUUUUUUUAAAAUUAAUUAAUUAAACUAAAAUAAGAAGGUUUAAAGCAAGUAAAAACUAAACAUAGGAUUCAAGAUUAUUUAGAUACAGUCUACUAUUUUUAUUUCAAUUCUAUUCGCUUGUAGAUUGUAUAAAAGCAGCGUCAAAAUACUUUAAGUUUAAUAGGAUUUGUUAUUGCUAAAGAUUUAAAUUAGCUUCAUUCAACCAAACCUUAAAAUGUAGAACUUCAAAUUUGA